AUGUGCCUCGAGAUUGUCCGGCUUGCGCCCACUUCGCCGCUUCCCUUCCAGACACUCGCCAUGAUCUACGAGGAGCUACGAGAUCCGAAUCGAUCGUUGCAGUUCGGCUUGAUCGCGGCCUACUUGGGUACGCAGGACGCCUCCGAGUGGAGCCGGUUGGCGCAGCUUUGCCUGGAGCAGGGUCUCGUCCGUAAAGCGGCUUUGUGUCUGAUUAGGGCUCUUAGGGUUGAUCCGCACGACUUGGAAAUGCGGCGCUUACUGUGUGCGCUGUACGAGCAGCUGGGUGACGAACAUCGAGCGCUGGUUUCAUGCGCAGCCCUCGCACGUCGAAUAGAGGAACCUGACGAAUGCCUGCUGCUGUCUCGACGCCUUGUGGAUGUCUUCCGCAGUCGUCAAAACCUGCCUUCGGCUGUGCGAGUUCUUCUGGAUGCCGCCACUAAGUUUCCCGCGCACAUCACAGCUGAAGACAUCCACACGCUGCUGGAGAUGCAACUGAUGCUGAAAAUGCAUUCAGCUGCCCUGCUAGUGCUUCACAAUCAUUGCGGAGUUCAGCUGCUGCCGCUGCAGGAGGGGCAUAAAGUAAUAACUACAAAACUACUUGAAGACUCUCUCGACGUCUUUGAGAGAUGCCUGGUGCCUGCUGAGCUUUGCAUUGAUAUAAAGACGAAGCUUGUGGUUUGUCUAAUACACCUGGGGGCCCGGCAUCUCGUUAUGGAUCUUGUGAGAGAAAUGAAGCGUGAGCUGGACCCCGAAAAGUCUGGCGAUUUUUUGCUGAAUGUGGCUGAAGCCUUCAUGGAAGCGGAAUUCGAGAACGAUGCACUACCGCUGCUGCGCAUGCUUGUGCGCACUUGCAACUGUGGGACGGCGGCCGUUUGGCUCCUAUACGCGGAAUGUCUGAAGCGACUCGGCCGCCACCAAGAGGCGACAAAGGCGUACGAACGCACGUGCGAGCUGGCACCACGCCACGCACCGUCCCGCCUCUCCCUGGGCCAGCUGUUGGACGCGCAGGGGCUUCGGGACCAGGCCAUCGACUGUCUCGCCACCGAUUCCCGACAGCUGCAGGACACCAAGGACAGCACGCCAGAGCAGCAGCAGGAUUCGGCGUCCGUGCUGCUUUGUCAGGCGCGGCUAUUGUGGGAUUCCGGACAGCGCGAGGCUUUUAUUGAGUCGGCCAUGACGCUGGUGCGGGCACACUGUUUGUCUGUCUGUUCGGCAGAAGAAUACGAUGCGGUGUACUCAAAUACGUAUCACUUGAGUCGCAUGAAGGUACUACGUGAACUGCAUGAGAAACGCGGCUUCACACCGGGCUGGCUCACAAUGGAGAGUGGUGUGUCUGUCGACGAUCUGCAGGCAUGCUUCCUCGAGCUCUACCGAGCACUGCAAGAGACCGGCCGCAUGGACGACCUGAGGCAAGUCGCGACGGAAGUUCUCGUCGCGCCCAUGUUCAAUAAAGACGCAACGAGCACUGAGGAGCUGGAGUUCUUGAGCUUUCUAGCCCAUUACCAGGACCCGGACCACGUAGAGCACAGCUUUGCCAUCAUCCGUGCCAUGGUGCUCAAGUAUCCGAACCAAGUACGUGCGUGGAAUUUGCUGGGUCUCGUGGCCAACCAAAUACCGGCGUGGCGUAAGAAGGGAUUCUACCUCCGGCUAUUAUACAAGCACGAGAAUAGCCUGCCACUCGGCCGCGCUCUUCACGAGCUGGGCUACCCGCACAUGGCUGUCAACAUGUAUCAACGGGCACUCGCCGCACCACCGGCUGUGCAGGAGAUGCCAGAGGUGUUUGACCUGCGACGGGAGAUAGCUUUCAACCUCAGCCUGUUGUACCAGCGCGGAGGUAACAACGAAUUGGCCGAUUGGUGCAUCAACCACUACUGCGUCAUUUGA